CGUAGAUACACAUAAUGUAAGGGCACUGUGUCCCGGAUCCCUUCACUGUUAACCCCUUGGCCAUCCAGCGUGUGGUGGUACGAAUAACAAAAUAAAGUAAAAAGGUUUUAUUUUUCCCCAUCCUACAACCAACGAUUGAGUAAGGACAGAGACAGCUCUCCCAGCCAGGGUAAUAACUUCGGGCAAACCGAUCUGGCCCCCGGCGGUAAACCCCGCAGUACAUACAACAACAACAAGUGUUGUCUACAAAUUCAACAAAUUCGGCCGGCGUUCAGUAUUAUUGAUGAUCAGGUGUUGCAGACAUUUCCAUAAUACGUAUGAUGAAUGCUUCAACUUGACAAAAUUCUCAUCAAACUUCAUGUUUGGAUUAGGGAGAGUUGCAACAAUACUUUUCAUUUCUACCUGCCGAGAUAACACUGUGUAUUUUGGGCAGUUUUCGAAAUGUAAGAUUUUGUGACUUCUGAUAGAAGAGAUUAUUUAAAAGAACGUGCUGUACCUUUUAAAACAGAAGGAUAGUAAGGAUGCAGUACGGUGAUACAAGAUCCCCCAAAUUUAAAGUGAUUCUUUUGGGAGAAUCUGGAGUAGGUAAAACGUCAUUGUUUCAGAGAUUUCGCUCCAGAGACAUUCCAUCAUCUGCUAAGUCAGCACUGAUGUUGGACUGCUAUCAGCACAGUCGACAGUUUGCAGUUGGACCCCAAGGCAGUAAAAUUCAGCUGGAGCUCUGGGAUACAGCCAACAUGGAAAGAGCUCGUUCACUCACGGAACAAUACUACAGAGAAACAUCGGCAUCUCUGCUAGUAUAUGACAUCGCAGAUUCUUAUUCAUUAAGAAACAUUGAAACAUAUUGGCAACAAGAGCUGCAGAAUCAUGAGUCCAGCUCCUAUGCAAUAUCAUUCAUUGUGGGUAACAAACAUGACUUGGAGGUAGCUAAAUAUGAUUCUGAACAUUCAACUGUUUCCUAUGCUAAGGAGGUCAUUGGAAAACAAAGUAAAUGUAAAGAGGUAUUUGAAGUGUCGGCCAGGGAAGAUUACUGUGUGGAAAGGAUGUUUCAUGGGGUAGCUGAACAUCUCUGGAAAUGCCACACACAGCAAAGUUCUAAGCAGAGAAAUACCUCAGGUGUAGCACCCGGAAUGCAUAGAAAGGACAAUUUAUCAAUUAGAUCCGCUGAUGGGGGUAUACAUGUUGCACAUCAGGAUGUGAAGACAUCAGGAAAAGGAUGGGGAUGUUGCUAAAAUAACAUUAUCCAUGUCAGUGGACAAACGUAAUUGCCCCAAUGGAUUGUAUUUAGGGGUAUAGCAAAUCGACAAACUUGGGGGAGGAAGUGGUUAGGGUUGGUUUCACUUUUGAUGCCCCCCCCCCCCAUUCCAAGCUAUAAUAUAAAAAUAUAAUUUUUUGUUUUAAAACAAGCCAUCAUGAGACAGUUUUGUCAGACUAUCGUUGCUUCAAACCAAACAAACAAGAGAAGGGAUUGUUGCAUUGUAAUGUACAUGUAACAGACAUGCAUUUAUGAACAAAUUUUAACGGGAGGGCUGAUUACAUUUUUGUGGAAAGGGUUCUAGUCAGUAAAAAUGUAUAGAUUUAGGUUAGGGGCAUUAAAGGGUUUGGGUAGGUCUUUUGUCCACAGAUUUACAUUAAACUUACACAUGUAGAAGUGUCGCGGCAGAGUGAUUAACUUAGAGCACCGAAUUCAAACUCUGGUGUUUCUGAUCUGCAGAGUGUGGGGUCGAAUCACAGUCGUGACACUUGUUUCACUUUAUGGAAAUGGCAUACUAAUAAAACUCACUCAAAAUUGGUUUGAUUGAAAUGUUCAAACUAUGUGGACACCAACAUAAGAUAUUCCUCUCCUUUCCCAGUGUGAAUGCAGUAUCAUUUUCAGAAAUGAAAACAAUUUUGUUUUAUGC